AUGCGCUCCCUCUCUCAGGGUCGCUCCCUCUCUCCUGCUAUUCUCCUGCUGCUAUCGCCAUCGCGCGCCUGCUGCAAGAGGGUUGUCGUCGUCGGCGCCGGCUGGGGCGGCCUCUCUGCUGCGCACCACCUCUCCAAAACUCCUGGCACCGAGGUGACGGUCGUGGACGCUGCCCCGAGGCCCGGUGGCCUCGUCGCCGACUCGUGGAAGACGCCGGGUGGCCGCAGCGCCGAGGCUGGCCAGCAUGGCUUUUGGGACGAGUACGGCAACAUUUACAAGCUGAUGGACGACAUUGGCCUUGACCGUGACGCCGUCCUAACCGGAUACGCCGAGCAGGGGCAGUACUCGCCGAGCGGCCUCGAGGCGGUGUGGCCGGUCUACCGCGACUCGAGGCCGUUUGGCGAGUCCGGACCCUUUGCUGGUGGGCUGCCGACCGGACUCGGCCAGGCGCUGUACACGCGCUUUCAGAACCUGUCGCCGCUCGACCGCGCGACUGCCGCUCCGCUCGUGCUCGCCUUCUCCGAGUUUGACGACUCGCCCGAAGCGUGGGCAAAGUACGACAAGAUCUCGUUUCGUGACCUGUGCACCAAGCUCGGCGUCUCGCGCCGCAUGUACAAGGAGGCCUUCGAGCCGAUGAUCCUGACCGGCCUCUUUGCUCCGGGCGAAGAGUGCUCCGCGGCGGCAGCUCUCGGCAUGGCCUACUUCUUCGUGCUCAAGCACCAGACGAGCUUCGACGUUCGGUGGUGCAAGGGCAACAUCGGCGAGAUGAUCUUCCAGCCGUGGGUCGAGCAGAUGAAGGAGCGCGGCGUCCAGUUCCUCCCCUCCACGCGGGUUACCGACUUCGAGUGCGGCUCGGACGGCCGCAUCGAGUGCGUCGUCUGCAGGACGACCGGCGGCAGCCCGCUGGUGCGGGUGGAGGCGGACGACGUGGUGCUCGCUGUCGGCGCCGCGGCGCUCAACGGGAUGGUUCGCGGCUCGCGCGCCCUGUCUCAGCACGCGGAGUGGCGGCGGUACGCCAACCUGCGCGGGCUGAGCGUGCUCGCGACGCGACUCUUCCUCGACCGCGAGGUGCCGACGCAGCACACGGCCAACGCGUGCUGGGGCUUCGACGAGGGCGUGGGGAUGACCUGGUUCGACAUCAAGAAGCUGCACGCGCCCGCAUUGGACGGUGAGCCCGGCUCGGUGAUCGAGGUCGACUACUACCACGCCAACUCGCUGCUGCUGCUGAGCGACGAGGAGAUCGUGGCCAAGGCCAAGGCAGACCUCGACACGAUGCUCGGCGAGCCGUGCCGCGCGGCGAGCGUCGCCGACCGCGCCGUCGUCAAGCUGCCGAACGCGGUCAAUUGGUACUUUCCGGGCUCGUACGACUCGAUGCCGGACCUCGCCUCGUCGUCCAUCCCCAACGCCUACUUUGUCGGCGACCUCGUGCGCACCCGCCACGGGUCGUGGUCGCAGGAGAAGGCGUACGUGACGGGGCUGCAGGCGGCCAACGUCAUCGCCGGGCGCGAGCCGGACGCUGGCGUGGUCCCGCUCAAGCCAGACGAGCCGCACGUCGCGGCGGGCAGGUCGGCGGUGAGCCUCGCAAGGACUGUGCUGGGAGGCGGCGACGCGGCGCGCGGGCCCUCUCUGGUCGACUUUUUAUGGUGA